UGUGUGUGUGUGUGUGUGUGUUUUCUGCAGGUUUGUACACUGCCACGUCAGAUCCGGACGCUCUACCCCUCCAUACCCGCACACGCGCUCCGAGACGCUCAAAGUCUGUUUGUGCAAGAGUGCAUCAAGUCGUACGUCUCAGACUGGCAUGUGGUCAGCUACAGAUAUGAGGAUUAUUCUGGAGACUUCCGGCAGCUCCCCAGCAAAGUGUCCAGACCCGAUAAUUUACCACAGCAUGUGUUUGAGGUGGAUGAAGACGCGGAUAAAGACGAGUCUUUCAAAAGGAGGUAUUUCCAGCUGUCGCAGCUGAGCGACGGAUCCUACAACCUUAACUUCUACAAGGACGAGAAGAUCAACAAAGAGCCCAAAGGAACCAUCUUCCUGGACUCCUGCAUGGGGGUGGUGCAGAACAAUCGCGUGCGCAGGUUUGCCUUCGAGCUGAAGAUGCAGGAUAAGAGCGCUUAUGUGCUGGCUGCAGACUCAGAGGGCGAGAUGGACGAGUGGAUCAACACCCUCAACAAAAUCCUCAACAGCAGCUUCGAGCUGGCCAUGCAGGACAAGAGGAACGGAGACCUGCACGACGAUGAUGAACAAUCGAAGAGCGAUCACUCCUCCAGCAGUAUGGACAGUUUUCAGAGCGCCAGAGACAUCGAGAGCAAGAUGAGGAGCGAGACACGGCUGAAACUCUUCACACUGGACCCAGAGCUGCAGAAACUGGACUUCUCCGGGAUCGAGCCUGAUGUGAAACCCUUCGAGGAGAAGUUUGGCAAGCGGAUCUUAGUGAACUGCAAUGAUCUGUCCUUCAACCUGCAGAGCUGUGUGGCGGAGAAUGAAGAGGGGCCGACCACUAACGUGGAGCCGUUCUUCGUGUCUCUGUCUCUGUUUGAUAUUCAGAGCGGCCGUAAGAUAUCCUCAGACUUCCACGUGGACAUGAACCAUCCGUCAGUGAAGGCUCUGCUGGGUAAUUCAGAAGCAGAGAGUCCACAACCCAGAGAAAACAACCCAGCAGAGAGCGCUGUUCACUACCCACGCCAGGGAGUGUUUUCCGUGACCUGUCCGCAUCCUGACAUCUUCCUGGUGGCUCGGAUAGAGAAAGUUCUACAGGGAGGAAUCACACACUGCGCUGAGCCGUACAUGAAGAGCUCAGACUCUGCUAAGGCGGCUCAGAAAGUCUUGAAGAACGCUAAGAUGGCCUGCAGUCGUCUGGGUCAGUACCGAAUGCCGUUUGCAUGGGCCGCCAGGACGGUGUUUAAGGACGCGUCGGGGACGGUGGACAAGAGUGCUCGUUUCUCUGCUCUCUAUAGGCAGGACGGGAACAAACUCUCCAAUGAGGACGUGUUCAAGCUGCUGGCGGACUUCAAGAAGCCAGAAAAGAUGGCCAAGCUGCCUGUGAUUCUGGGUAAUUUGGAUGUUACGGUUGAUAACGUCGCUCCAGAUCUGCCUAAUUGUGUCACGCCGUCCUAUUUUCCUCUGCGUCAGACGGAUGGAUUGGAGCGGGGCCGGCUGGUGUUUGAGGUGGAGGAGUUUGUGCCGUCCAUCGCUAAAUGCUCUCAGCCGUUCACCGUUUACAACAAUCACCUGUACGUUUAUCCACGGCAGCUGAAAUACGACGGCCAGAAGACCUUCACCAAGGCUCGAAACAUUGCUCUGUGUGUGGAGUUCAGAGAUUCAGAUGAAGAGGAUGCUCUGCCACUGAAGUGUAUAUACGGGCGUCCUGGCGGGCCGCUGUUCUGCAAGAGAGCGUUUGCUGCAGUGUUACAUCAUCAGCAGAACCCAGAGUUUUAUGAAGAGUUUAAGCUGGAGCUGCCGGUUCAGCUGACGGACAGACAUCAUCUUCUGUUCACACUCUUCCACAUCAGCUGCGAGAGCAACAGCAAAGCCAGCACCAAGAGACGAGAGCAGGUGGAGACGCAAGUGGGUUAUGCGUGGCUGCCGCUGCUGAAGGAUGGUAGAGUGAUCAUGAAUGAGCAGCAGGUGUCAGUGUCUGCAAACCUGCCGUCAGGAUACCUCAGCUACCAGGACAGCAGCAGCAAGGUCAGAAAUGCUUUGAUGUUUGUUUGUUUGUUUGUUUGUGUGUUUGUUUGUGUGUGUUGUAGUUUUGUGCGUCUUGUUUUCUUUAAUGGUUUUGCUGGGGGUCUUUUGUUUAAUUUUAAUUUGUGUGUGAACUGCAUCUUAAAGUGUUUUGUGUGUCCUCAGGAUCAACAUUUGCACAACUUCUUCCAUCACUGUGAGAGUCUUGAGGGUCAGUCAGGAGGAGAGCUGGUCAAAUACCUGAAGAGUCUGCAUGCGAUGGAGGCUCAUGUGAUGGUCAAGUUUUUACCCACGCUGCUGAAUCAGCUGUUUCGAGUGCUCACCAGUUUUGGACAGGACGAUGUUGCUGUCAACGUCACCAGGGUAAUGAUUCACGUGGUGUCUCAAUGUCAUGAGGAGAGUCUGGAGCAUCACCUGCGCUCAUAUGUGAAGUAUGUUUUGAAGACUGAGACUAAUUUGAGCAAUGGUAAAACCGUCCACGAGGAGCUGGCGAAAGCCAUGACCCAUGUGUCAGAGGAGGACUGUACUGAAUGUUUUGCUAUCGUCUUUCUCCUCCAGUACUCCUGGUAUUUCUUUGAGGUUUUGGUCAAGUCUAUGGCUCAGUUCCUGAUGGAGACGGGCAAGAAUAAGGUGUCCAGGAACCAGCGAUUCUCAGCCUCCUUUUAUCACUCUGUGGAGACGCUGGUGACUUUACUGAUGCCUCACAUCACACAGAAAUGCAAGGAAAACCUGGAAGCCACACGAAACGCCAACCACAGCCUCGCCGUCUUCAUCAAGCGUUGCUUUACUUUCAUGGACCGAGGGUUUGUUUUCAAGCAGAUCAACAACUACAUCACCUGCUUCACGCCUGGAGACUCAAAGACGCUGUAUGAGUUUAAGUUUGAGUUUCUGAAGGUGGUCUGCAAUCAUGAGCACUAUAUUCCUCUCAAUCUGCCCAUGCCGUUCGGGAAGGGUCGAAUCCAGCGCUUUCAAGAUCUGCAGCUGGAUUACUCUCUGACGGAUGAUUUCUGCAAGAAUCACUUUGUGGUGGGUCUGCUGCUGCGGGAGGUGAGCGCAGCCGUGCAGGAGUGCAGAGACAUCCGGCAGAUCAGCAUAGCAGUGCUCAAAAACCUGAUGAUCAAACACGCUUUCGACGACCGAUACUGCACCAAGGCUCAGCAGGCUCGUCUGGUGACGCUGUAUCUGCCAGUGUUCAGUCUCCUGCUGGAUAAUGUGCACAGGUUCAGCAUCAGCACAGAAGCGGCUCCGCUCAGUCAGAUCAACAGCAAUGGCCGUGAUGAUCAUUUAAUGACGCCUCACAAAACUGCGGGCAGUCCAGUGGACGGUGGCCUGCAUAAAGAGCUGUUUGGAGUGAUUUCAGGAACAGUGUCUCCGCUCAGCCACAGCUCUGUUCGGCACACGGACUCACGCAACUCUUUGAUUAGCACUGACUCUGGAAACGGCCAAUCAGAGCGCAGCAAUGAAAAGCCACACCCCCUCGACAAGUGUCACACUGCUGCUGCUGCUGCUGUUCUGGCCGGUUCUUUACUGCGCUCUGAUAAACUGGACCAGUCUGAGGUCAAGAGUGUGUUGAUGUGUUUCCUGCAUGUGCUGAAGAGCAUGUCUGAAGAUGCUCUGUUCAACUACUGGAAUAAAGCUUCACCCACAGACCUGAUGAACUUCUUCAGUCUGCUGGAAGUUUGUCUUCAUCAGUUCAGAUACAUGGGAAAGAGACAGAUCUCCAGCAGAACUCUGGAGGGAUUGGGGCCGGUGGCUCAUGAGCGGCGCUCUCAGACUCUGCCAGUGUCCCGCAGCAGAACUGGAGCUUUACACAUGAGACUGCAGCAGCUCAACAGCCUGGACAACUCAUACACAUACAACCACACUUACAGUCAUUCAGAUGCUGAGGUGUUGAAUCAGUGUGUGUUGGAGGGGAAUAUUGCUACAGAGGUUUGUCUGACAGUUCUGGACACACUGAGCAUCUUCAUCAUGGGCUUUAAGACUCAGCUGAGUUUAGAUCACGGCCACAAUCCCCUGAUGAAGAAAGUCUUCCAGGUUCAUCUGUGCUUCUUACAAAUCAACCAAUCAGAGACAGCCCUCAAACAGGUCUUCACUUCCCUGCGCACCUUCAUCUACAAGUUUCCGUGUACGUUCUUCGAGGGCCGUGCAGACAUGUGUGCGCUCUUCUGCUAUGAGAUCCUGAAGUGCUGUAACUCCAAGCUGAGCUCCAUCCGCAGCGACGCCGCGCACCUGCUCUACUUCCUCAUGAAGAGCAACUUCGACUACACCGGACGCAAAUCCUUCGUGCGCACACACCUGCAGGUGGUGAUUGGCGUCAGUCAGCUGAUCGCUGAUGUCAUCGGAAUAGGCGGGACGAGAUUCCAGCAGUCGCUGUCAAUCAUCAACAACUGCGCCAACAGUGACAGAACCAUCAAGAAUACAGCGUUUCCGUCUGAUGUGAAAGACCUGACCAAGAAGAUCCGCACGGUGCUGAUGGCCACGGCGCAGAUGAAGGAGCACGAGGGCGACCCGGAGGUUCUGGUGGACCUGCAGUACAGCCUGGCCAAAUCCUACGCCAGCACACCUGAGCUGCGCAAGACCUGGCUGGACAGCAUGGCACGCAUACAUGUCAAGAACGGAGACCUGUCUGAGGAUGUGCUGAUGGAGCUUCUGGAGGAAUGUGCAGAUGGAUUAUGGAAAGCGGAGCGUUAUGAACUCAUCUCCGAUAUCUAUAAACUCAUCAUUCCCAUUUAUGAGAAGCGCAGAGACUUUGAGAGACUGGCUCAUCUGUACGACACGCUACACAGAGCCUACAGUAAGGUGACAGAAGUCAUGCACACGGGGAAGCGACUGCUGGGCACGUAUUUCAGAGUGGCUUUCUUUGGACAGGCCGCGCAGUACCAGUGUAAUGACUCUCAGAUGCAUGAGGGCUUCUUCGAGGAUGAAGACGGGAAAGAGUAUAUUUAUAAGGAGCCCAAAUUCACGCCGCUGUCCGAGAUCUCACAGAGACUCCUGAAACUCUACUCAGACAAGUUUGGAGCGGAGAAUGUUAAAAUGAUCCAGGAUUCGGGCAAGAUUAACCCGAAGGAUCUGGACUCUAAGUUUGCCUACAUCCAAGUGACCCACGUGACGCCGUUCCUGGAGGAGAAGGAGACGCUGGAGAGGAAGACAGACUUCGAGAGGAGCCAUAACAUUCGCAGAUUCGUCUUCGAGAUGCCCUUCACUGUGUCCGGCAAAAAGCAAGGCGGAGUGGAGGAGCAGUGCAAACGCAGGACCAUACUCACCACCACACACAGUUUCCCAUAUGUGAAGAAGCGGAUCACAGUGAUGUAUCAGCACCAUGUGGAUUUAAACCCCAUUGAGGUGGCCAUCGAUGAGAUGAGCAGGAAGGUUCUGGAGAUCCGACAACUGUGUUCCUGCAGCGACGUGGACAUGAUCCAACUACAGCUCAAACUACAGGGCAGCAUCAGUGUCCAGGUAAAUGCUGGUCCUCUUGCUUAUGCCAGGGCUUUCCUGGAUGAUGCCAGCACUAAGAAAUACCCAGACAACAAAGUCAAACAGCUGAAAGAAGUCUUCCGGCAGUUUGUGGAGGCCUGUGGUCUCGGUUUAGGUGUUAAUGAGCGCCUGAUUAAGGAAGAUCAGCAGGAAUAUCACGACGAGAUGAAGGCCAACUACAGAGAUCUGACCAAAGAGCUGUCGGCCAUCAUGCACGAGCCUAUAACCCCAGUGGAUGAUGGGAUACGUGGUCCUCUUCCAGACUCUCUGCACAUCUUCAAUGCCAUCAGCGGGACGCCCACCUCCGCCAGCAUACAGGGGCUGCCCAACACCUCCUCAGUGGUCUGACCUUUCCCUGACCUCUGACCUCCAGCCUGAGAUGGAGGGUGAAGUCUAGAAGAGAUACAGCUGUGGAUACUCACAUCAGUAUUGCAUCAUUCAUAUUUUUACAUCACUAUGAGGGUUUAGGGUAUGUGUAGACGUCAAUAAAAUACCAUUUAAUGGGUAAUUUAAUAAAUAAUAUGAAUAAUACUUGGUAUAGUUACUGUUUAAACAUUACUGUGAGGGUUGGGGUAGGGGGAAACGUCAAUAAAAUACAAUUUAAUGGUUGAUUUAAUAAACAAUAUGAAUAAUUCUGGGUGUAAUUGCUGUUUAUACAUUACUGUGAGGGUUUAGGGUAUGGACAGACAUUAAUACAGUACAAUUUAAUGGGUAGUUUAAUAAAUAAUAUGAAUAAUACUGGGUAUAAUUGCUGUUUUUACAUUACUGAGGGUUUAGGGUAGGGGUAGACAUUUAUAAAAUACAAUUUAAUGGAUAAUUUACUAAAUAAUAUGAAUAAUACCUGGUAUAAUUACUGUUUUUUUAAAUUACUGUGAGGGUUGGGGUAGGGUAGAUAGUAAUACAAUACAAAUAAUGGGUAAUUUACAAUAUAAAUAAUUCUCCUCAACCUACGGCCACAGCUGUAUCCCUUCUAGUGGAACUGUUUCCUGUGGAGACAAUCAGAAAAACAAACGCUUGUAUUUUUGGAUAUUUUACCACAGUUUUAUCUCAAUUACAAAAGUGCAAAGAGGAAAUGAUGCGGUCAUAAAUGACAUGAGCCACCUUCAGACAGCGCCGCAGCAUGCUACGCUAUGACACAUUAUAUACAUUUAUACAUGUUAUACACAUCCUCUGCUAAUAUAUUAGUUGUGUUUUAUGUUUGUUUGUUUGUUUGUUGUGUGUGCGUUUUUUUGGCUCAAUCGAUAUGAAUGAAUGGAGUGUGUGUGUGAGUGUGUGUGUGUGUGUGUGUGUGUGUGUGUGUGUUAUACACUGAACACACACAUGUGUUAACAUAAUGUGCAUCAGUUAUUAUUCUCAGUUGUUUUUCUACUGUGGGACGGAGCUGAAUGUUUUAUAUCUGUAUUUAACAGACUUUAUCUGCUGUAUUUAACCUGAUGAUGUCCCUAAUGCUCUUAAUAAAUCUCCAUUUUUAAAUGA